CCCGUCACGUGGUGCGGAUGCCCUUCCAUUCCUCGCACUUUAGGUUAAACAUGGCUGCGCUCUUGAGAUCUGCACGACUUCUGAAAUGUUCGCCAUCGGGCUUUCUUCAAAGAACAGGGACGAACAGAAAUGGACCGCAGCUCAGUCGACUGUACAGUGGAGCGAUCGGUGGUAAAGGCUCCGGAGUCUGUUCAAGACAAAUCGUCCCAGGCCCAUACAGUGUACACAGGUGUGUGUGGCCCUAUGCAGGGGUACGUCACUACGCCAUGGUUACAGAGCAGCGGGGGCUACCCACUGAUGAGUCCAGUUUGGGUGUGCGAUCUAAGCAGGCCCAGCAGUUUGACUGGGCCCUGGCAAAGCUUGACAGUUCAGUGAGGAGGACGGGACGCAUCACCAAGACCUUGCUGCUGCGCAUCUUCCACGACAUCUGCCGGACAGGCUACCCUAGUGGGAACCAGGCCCUGCUCCUCCUGCGGAGCUGUGGCUCUCUACUGCCUGAGAUGCCCCUGGCGGAACGCACUGAGCUGGCCCACCGAAUCUGGGACAAGCUACAGGAGCUGGGUGCCUCAUACGAUGCCAGUCAUUACAACGCACUGCUCAAGGUAUAUCUGCAGAACGAGUUCAAGUUCUCCCCCACAGAGUUCCUGGCCAAGAUGGAGGCAGCCGGCGUGCAGCCCAACAGAGUGACCUUUCAGAGACUGAUUGCAGCCUACUGCCAUGAUGGGGACAUUGAGGGUGCCAGUACAAUCCUGGGUUUCAUGAAGAGCAAGGACCUGCCAAUCACAGAGGCUGUUUUCAACUCCUUAGUGACAGGUCAUGCACGUGCAGGUGACAUGGAGAGUUCAGAGAGCAUCCUGCAAGUCAUGAAGGGGGCAGGCAUCGAGCCAGGCCCUGACACAUAUGUGGCACUGCUCAACGCCUAUGCAGAGAGAGGGGAUAUGGACAAGAUCAAACAGACUCUGGAGGCUGUGGAGAACACAGACACCAGUCUGAUGGACAGAGACCUGAUGCAGGUGGUAUUCAGCCUGUCCAAGGCAGGCCAUCAGCAGCACGUACCAGAGAUAGUGGAGCGUAUGAGACACGAGAGAGGAUAUGUUCCAGAUGCUAUGAACUUGUGUCUGAGCCUGAUCACCCAGGGCCAGGAAGACACAGCCUUCACCGUGCUGAAGACCUUCCCCACCCUGCAGCAAGAGACGCAGAGUGGAGACUCCCCCACCCUGGGCAACUUCUUCCUGCGUCACUGUGUCAACAUGGACAAGCCAGUGGAUAAGGUGGCGCGCUACUGCAAGGAGCUGCAGGACUCCAGCUACCACGCUACUCCCCUACAGUUCACCCUCUACUGCUGCCUGGAGGCCAAGAAGACUGCUACUGCAGUGGAGGUGAUGAAGAUGAUGAAGGAACAGGGGCAACCCAUCAGACCUCACUACUUCUGGCCCCUCCUCACACAACAUGCCAAGGACCAGAACACAACAGGGAUCAUGGAGGUGUUGAAGGGCAUGCAGGAAUUGGAUGUACCAGCUGAUGUAGAGACAAUGUCCUUCUACGUUCUGCCUGCUUUCCCGAACAUAGACGCUGCCCGGGAUGCAUUCAAGGAAAUGGGCUGCUCCUUGGAGUCUGAGGGUUUCUUGUCCUCUGAGAUGCGCUCUGAGGCUAGUAGUGGGAACCUGGCAGGACUGUUGGUUAUGAUGUCUGCUCCCUCCUUCCCUGCCCUGGACCUGAGUACCUUCAGAGGAAGUCUCAUCCAGGGCUUCAGACGGUCUGACGAUCUGGAGAGCAUGGCCAAGAUCACUGAGCUGCUGUACAAAGAUGAGCGUUUCUCUCAGGGAGCUACAGGAUCUGUUGAGGCUGUGUCCUACUUUCUCUAUAACCUGAUGGACAGCAUGACUGAGGCAGAGGUGCAGGCUCAGGAGGACAAGCUCAGGAAGUACUUCAACCAGCUGAAGAGCAUGGGUAUCAUCAUCCCAGGGAACAUCUACAGAGGGAUCAGAAACCUGCUAGACUCCUAUCACGUGCCUGAGCUCAUCAAGGAUGUCAUCGCCCUGGUGGACAGCCAAGAACCUCUGAACUUCUCAGACAACAGAGUUAUUCUGGAUGGCAAGGUUUUGGCGCUGGAGAGCAGGCUGGCUGAGCUGAAGGCUGACAGUAAACCAGUAGGAGCUACCCUGAAACAACUCAUCCUCACUCUGUGUGCCGAGGAGAAACUGGACAGGGCUCUGGAGCUGAAGAAACAACACGAGGCAGACAUGGUUGCCGGGAGCUACGCCACCCUCAUCCACCUCUGCUGUCGCCAUGACAAUGUGGAAGAGGCACUGAACUUGAAAAGAGAGCUGAGCCGUAAGGAUUCCUCUGUGUCUCUGGAUUCCAGCAAGUAUGUGGCUCUAGUCAAGGUCCUGACCAAGCAGGGCAGACUGGAAGAGGCGGUGGACAUGCUGAAGGAAAUGAAGGAGAAAGAGGUGGUUGUGAGGGACACCACAGUUACCCUGCUCUUCCAUGUCCUCAAUGCUGCGGCCAUGAAGGGGGACGUGGUAGCUGUCCGCAGGCUCCAAGACACCAUCUUCACCCUGGGCCUGGCCACGCCCACCGCCAACCUCUGCUCCCCCCUGGUCUCAGCCCACCUGGAGACUAAGGACCUUGGCGGGGCUCUGGAGGCAGCUAUGGAGUGUCAGAAGCAGUAUGGACAACUCCCACGUAUCCACGACGUCAUCUGUGGCCUGGUGGAGAGGGGAGACACGGAGCUCCUACAGAAAGCGAUGGACUUUGUGAGCCAGGAGCGAGGCGAGAUGACAAUGCUGUACGACCUCUUUUUCGCCUUCAUGCAGACUGGCCGCCACCGGGAGGCCCGCAAAAUCAUUGAGACACCAGGUUUAAGGGCUAGACCAGGACGCCUGCAGUGGUACGCUGAGAAGUGCAUCAACGGCAACCAGAUGGAGUCGUUGGAGAGCAUGGUGGAUAUGACAGCCAAGCUGUUUGAAUGUGACCGCGAUGAGCUGUAUCACUACGUGUUGCGGCUCUGCAAGGACACAAACGACUGGCGCAAGGCGGAGGCCACCUGGACCAAGAUGCAGGAGGAGAAUGUGAUACCAAGAGAGAGGACCCUGCGCAUACUGGCUGACAUCCUCAAGAGUAAUGGACAGGAGGUGCCUUUCGAGGUGCCUGAGGUAUGGUAUGAGCAGGCUGUAGACAGAGAAGCACAGUCAGAGACCAAGCCUGAAGGGUCAAAGGGCAAAGCCACCAAGUCAGCCAGCACCCAGGCUGCUACUGCAGAGAACAACCCUGCUGACUACCAGUUCAGACUGCUCACCCUCUGCAAGAAGGGCAAGGCUAAAGAGGCCUAUGAUAUGCUGAAGGAUAUUGAUAGGAAGGGUGUGACCCUGGGCCCGGCCCCCUACGACAGUCUGAUCCGGGCUCUGCUGGCCGAGGGUAGUAUGGAGAACGCCAUGGUGGUCAAAGAGAUUGCCGUAGGCCGUGUCCCAGGGUUCAAGCUGAAUGACAUAGCCAACAGCCUUCUCAUCAUUACACAGGUCAAGAGAGGGCUAGCCAAAGAUGGCAUGUCCACACUCAAGUCCAUGCUGCAGGGAGACCAGGUGCCCUCAAAACUGUCCGUCACACGAUUGGUCCAAUCCCUCGGUAGCCAUGGGGAUGUUCAAGGCAUCCAGGAAGUGGAGGUUCUGAUGAAGGGGUUGGGCACGCCCCUCAACCUGUCAAGCAUGGUCUUUCUCAACAACACUGCCAUGGCACACAUCAAAAAUGGAGACCUGGACUCUGCAGUGGAGGGCUUGGAGGCUGUCUACACACAGGGUGAUGGGCCUCAGGGUCCGGCUGCCAGCAUGGCCUUUGUCUUCAGGAAGGUGUUGGAGGAGAACAAUGGCGCUGCUCUGGAUAAAUUAAGUGCCAUGGCAGAGAGGCUGGCAAAUCACUUUUCAUCGUACAGAGCUGCUUCAGACCUCUUCCUACAGCUGCUGGAGGCUAACAUGGUAGAGGACGCCAAGUUCAUGCUGGCCCGCUGUAAUGCUGUGGCUGAACAGAAGGAGAUUCUGGUCUCUUACAUGUCCAGGCUGGCCCAGAAACCAGGCCAGGUGGGCAAGAUCAAGACCCUGAUGACUCUCAUCCCUGAUUUCACAGAGAAGGAGACGUUGUAUCCCUACCUGAUGAAGUGCUAUGGUGUGGACAACGACCUGGUGUCGGCUAAAGCCCUUUACCAGCAGAUGCAGACGGAGGGAGUGGAGGCUGAUGAGCUGUGUCUGAAGAGACUUGCCGUGCUGUACAGGAAUGCAGGAGAGACCGUCCCCUUUACUGAGCCACCUGAGACGUUUAAGUUUUAUGCAGAAAAGCUGAAGGAGAAAUCCAAGGGAUCACAGCCGAGCACCGCAGUGGAGGAAUAAGACUGUCGCUACUCUUCUUCAUUCUGUCCUUUUUGUUUUGCUGGGUUUUUUUUUUAUAAGCUGUGAAAACAGAUCUUGUGGAAGUAUUACUGGAUGUUAGUCUGUCCUCCAUGUUGAUUUAUGAUGAUUAAAAUUGAUGUACAGAAGUAUUUAUGCAAUAAAUGUUAGGAACUAGA